CGUGCGUGCUACCAGCUACUGCACAAAUACAAACGCACAUACGCACACUGAAAUCGGGAUCCGGGAAUUAUAGCAAACGUUUAAUUUAGUGUGUUCAGAACUGUCCGCUUUACAUCAUGUUGCUGUAUGCAGUUCUGGGGGUUAAAACAUUUGAAUAUCUGUUGUAUGAUUGAAAUGGGGUCAGCCAGAAAUAUUAUUCAGUUCCCCUGAUAGCUGCAAGCAGUAUAAAACAGUCAGCAUACAGGCAGAAAAGCGCAAUCAUUUUUAAAUAGCAACUGUUUGUAGAAACUGUUCUGAGAGGAACAUAUCUGCCACAAAAUAUCAAUGUAUUCGCAUCUGUGAUCGAAGAAUAAAGAGAAUGCAAGCCACAAACGAUAGAAACAUCCAAAGUGCUUGUAUAGUGAAGGAUUAAGAGAGAGAAGAAAAGACAAAUGGAGUAAGUAACACAGUUAUGUAACAACACUGUACAAAAGUGGUGGAAGACCUAGUAUGAUAUAUCUGCAGCAAAGAAAAUAAUACAACAUAAGGUAAAAAAACAAAAGUGCAAGAAGGGGCUGAAACAAUAAAAGCUAAAGGGAACAGAAGAAUCUAAAACAGACAAAUGUUGUUAUAUAAAUAGUACUCCAGGAAGGAAACACCACACCAUGGAUAAUGAUAUCAUCACAGUCAUAUUCACCGGUAAUGGUGAUAGUGACAGUGACCUGGAACUUCUGGGUACUCAUGAAUCUGAUACUGAUGAGGCACUGAUCGCACUUGAGUCUGAAGUAUCCACUGAUUACAGUAAAGAUAGUAAUGCUUCAUGUACAGGGCUACAGCAACAGCAGUACCAGUGUAGCAAGAACACGAAGGUUCACCAGCCAUUGGUCUUGUCACGGAAGGGCAGAAAAAUGAUAAAAAGUAAAGAGAAAGUGAAAUCGCUAGCCAUAUCACGGCAGAGAAGGAAAAUAAUCAGUUGUGACGAGGAUCUAAAACCAAUAGCCAUGCCACAGCACAGGAUCAAAAUAAGAGAUAGUAACAAUGAUGUGAAUCCACAAGCCGUACAAUAUCAGGAGAACAAAAUCAUCACUAGUGAUGAGGAUGUGAAGACAUUAGUCAUACCACAGCAGGAAACUGAAAUGCUUGAUAGUGACAAUGAUCUGACACCUCUAGCUGUACAAUGGCAGGGGUGUAAAAUGAUUGAUAGUGGUGAGGAUCUGAAACCACUAGAAAUGCCACAACAAGAGAGGGAAAUGGUCAAUAAUGCUGAGGAUCUGAAGCCACUCAUCAUACCAUGGCAGAAGUGCAAAAUGAUUGAUAAUUAUGAAGAACUGAAAUCAGAAGCCAUACCACCGCAGGAGAGUGAAAUGACUGCUAGUAAUGAGGAAGUAAAACCACUAGGCACGCCACAGCAGGAGGCUGAAAUGACCGAUAGUGAUGAAGGAGAAUCACUAGCCAUAGCACAGCAGGAGACUGAAAUGACUGAUAGUGAUGAGGAAGGAAAGUCACUAACCAUAGCACAGCAAGAGAGUGAAAUGUUUGAUAGUGAUGAGGAUCUGAAGCCAUUCACUAUACCAUGGCAGGGUAAUGAACUCAUCCAUACUGAUGUAGGUGAAGAGCAAAAGGCCAGGCAUGAUCAAGUUAAGCAUCUACUAAACAACAAGACUGGCCAGAGUAUAUCACAACAGCCAAGAUGUCCACUUCAAAAGGAAUCUAUGGGGUUAAAUAGCAUGGAGUCACCUCACAAAAAUGUCACAGGAUGUGAUGGUGAUUGGAGUAGUCAGUUUCAUCCAUUGCAUAUUAAUGAAUUCAGAGAACCCAUUGGACCUGCUGUACAUCUGGAAGAAAAAUGUAAAGAACUUGACUUCAUGGACUUGAUGUUUCCUCCUGCAUUGUAUGACUUACUAGCACGUGAGACCAACAGGUACAGUCAACAAUUCCAGGCUGAAGCAAAAAAGUGUGACACGUGCUGGACCCCAGUUACUGUAUGUGACAUAAAAGCAUACUUGGGCAUUCAGAUAUACAUGUCUAUUGUGAAAGUGCCACGCUGUCGCAUGUACUGGAGUAAGGCUAGCCUAUAUGGACAUUUUCCCAUUGCAAAUGUCAUGACUCGGGACCGCUAUAAUAAGAUCCAUCAAUAUUUUCAUGCAAAUGACAGUAGUCAGAAUCCACCAGUGGGCUCAGAGAACCAUGAUAAACUACACCAUGUACGUCCUGUGCUGGAUAAAGUUCUAAAUGCAUGCAGGACCCAGUACUACCCACAUCGGGAAGUAUUAGUUGAUGCUGUGAUGACUGGCUAUAAAGUACAUUUGCAGCAGUAUAUUCCAGAUAUGCCACAACAUUGUGACCUUAAGGUGUGGACUCUUGCAGAUGCCCACAAUGGUUUUAUCAUAGAUUUUCAAGUGCAAACGGGCAAUGACAAUAACACACUUGAAAUGAGCCUUGGAGAGAAUGUGGUAAAGGACUUGACCAGUAAUCUGUGUGGCAAAUACCACCAUGUAUACUUUGAUCAUUUCUUCACUUCUGUUCAUCUGGCAACUGAUUUACUUAAGCAAGGCAUAUACUGCUGUGGAUCAAUGAGAACUGAAAAGAGUGGAUGGCCAGCAUGUCUUACAAAAGUGACCACACAAGAGAAAUCCCAAGGGCAGUACAAGCAACUACAGAAUGGGUCACUGGUAGCUACUGUUUGGAAAGAUAAAAAAUCAAUCCUCCUCCUUUCCACAAAUCAUGACCCUACCUCACCACUGACUUAUAUCACCAGAAGACAGAGUAAUGGAACUGUUCUCUCUCUGCCUUGUCCAGCAGUUGUGAAGCAGUAUGAAACAUACAAAAACAGAAUCAGCAUUGCUAAUCAACUAUGGCUGCAAUAUCCUAGCAUUAGAAGACUGUCUGAAAAGUGGCUUUAUUUGUUUUGGUACUUGUGGGAUGUAGCAGUAGCCAAUGCAUAUAUCCUAUAUCGGGAAAAUGUUAACCUUGUUAAGCAAAGUAAAAAUGGACAAAUUAAGACCACCUCACAGCUGGAUUUUCUGAUGGCAGUCUCUGAACAGUUGUUGUUUGGGUAUCUGAAGAGGAAAAGAUGCAUUUCAGUUGCAAAAGUUACUUUUGCCCCAGAUAUUGAAGGAUUACAUUUCCCAGUCAAAACAAAAAAGGCUAGAUGCAGAAACUGUGCAUUAAAGAGGAAACGCUCUGAGCCUUCAUAUAUGUGCGGAACAUGCAACGUACAGCUCUGCAUAGAAUGUUUUCCAGAAUUUCACAGCUGCUUUGUAUCACCACCAAGGACAUUUUGUUGAAAGAUGAAAUAAGGGACUGUGAGUUUCAUAUGUUUCCUGGAGCCAAAUCGUCAAGACAGAAAAGCACAGCUAGUGAAGUAUUGCUUAAGACAAGAUGUGAUUUAAGCCACAACUGGGUGUACAAGUCUAAAAUAAGACGGUAGGUACCCUAUCACUGAAUAAACUGGCUGCUUCAAACUGAAAAUAAAAAGUAAAAACAUAAACAUAAUCUCUACAUGAAAUAAAAGGAGACAAUGUGCCAGAAAGGAGUAUUGAAAUGUACAAUGAAACUUGGGGGUAUAGUUUCCUGGGACAUCAAAACACAAUGGGUUGGGCAAAAGGAUUUCUUUCUUCAUGGAUGCAAGCACAUUCAUUAGUUAAAUUUAAAUGGAAAAACUGUCAUAGUACGUAGUCUGUAGAACAACAGGAAUAAAAGGAAAAUUUGUACUAGAUGAGGAUGGAACAACUCCUUUAAGGACUAUCUGGAUGCAUGACAGAGUCCCUUUUUUGGGAUAUGUCAACAGGUAGUAAAUGACGGUCUCUUAUCUUGUAACAACAUCCUCAAUGCUUGGGUAUGUAUAUUACAGGGUAGACAUCCACGUAUGAUACUGUAUAAACUGGGGAAGUAUCAAUUGUUGGCAUAUAGUUUUGUAUACUGUAUGUCCAAUAUCAAUGAGACAUGGAGAAGCCGAACAUGCAUGCAUACAUGAAUUCAUUGUAAAGGAACUGAUGCCACAUGACUUCUUUAGAAGCCUUAAGUGUUUGGCAAGAAGAGAGCAGCACUCAAGGAAGCACUAAACUGAAGAUACCAAGAGGUACAAAGUAUCUGUAGGGAGCAUACAAUUGUUUAAUGGGCUGGACAGUAAUGUAAAUAAUAGACACGCUUAUGGAUACUUCAGAAGAUAAUGUCGAUAAUAUUUUUUCUUAGUAUGGGGUAAAUUAAAAAAAAUAUUAGAUUGAAACAGCUAUUGCCAUUGCUGUGUUUUUGAAGGUGCUUCUGUGAUGGUAAUGUGCUGAUGUACGUCAAACAGCUGUGGCCUGUGACUAUUCAGGGUAAUAAUUAGACAGCCAUAUUUAAGGUCUGGUAUAGUGCAGCCAGCUGUGAAAAUUCAUUCUCAGAACUUCAUCAUUUUCACUAGAAAUGUAACUUUCUCCAAAUGAAUCACUGUGAGAGAGAGGAUUUAUUGCAAUGCCCCAGAGUUUGUUUUAAUACUGGCAAGGGUGCAGGAGGCUUAGCUUCUUGUGUGGGAUGUGUGAAAGGAUUCAUAGGUGUGUACUAGGCUAAUGGCCCUGGAGCCUUUACAAGUGUAGCCCAUAGGAUUACCCUGGCAUCGUGCCACCCGACCUUGGUUCCCAUUGCA